AUGCCUGUGCUCGGCCCCCAGAGGCAGCUGCCGAGUCCCCUCAACUCCACGUCCCCAGCCACCCCCCGCCUCGGGCUGGCCACCAACCAGACGGGGCUCCAGUGCCUGGAGGUGUCCGUUCCCGAAGGGCUGUUCCUCAGCUUGGGGCUGGUGAGUCUCGUGGAGAACGUGCUGGUGGUGGCCGCCAUCGUCAAGAACCGCAACCUGCACUCGCCCAUGUUCUGCUUCAUCUGCUGCCUGGCCGUGUCCGACCUGCUUGUGAGCGUCAGCAACGUGCUGGAGACGGCCGUCAUGCUGCUGCUGGAGGCCGGCGCGCUGGCCCCUCGGGCCGCCGUGGUGCAGCAGCUGGACGACGUCAUUGAUGUGCUCAUCUGCAGCUCCAUGGUGUCCAGCCUCUGCUUCCUGGGCGCCAUCGCCGUGGACCGCUACAUCUCCGUCUUCUCCGCCCUGCGCUACCACAGCCUCGUGACACUGCCCAGGGCGUGGCGGGCCAUCGCGGCCAUCUGGGUGGCCAGCGUCCUCGCCAGCACCCUCUUCAUCGCCUGCUACAACCACACGGCCGUCCUGCUCUGCCUCGUAAGCUUCUUUGUGGCCAUGCUGGCGCUCAUGGCGGUGCUGUACGUCCACAUGCUGGCCCGCGCGUGCCAGCACGCCCGGGGCAUUGCCCGGCUCCACAAGAGGCAGCACUCCGCCCAGCAGGGCUUUGGCCUCAAGGGCGCGGCCACCCUCACCAUCCUGCUGGGCACGUUCUUCCUGUGCUGGGGCCCCUUCUUCCUCCACCUCUCGCUCAUCGUCCUCUGCCCUCAGCACCCCACCUGUGGCUGCGUCUUCAAGAACUUCAACCUCUUCCUCACCCUCAUCAUCUGCAACGCCAUCGUGGACCCUCUCAUCUAUGCCUUCCGCAGCCAGGAGCUCCGGAAGGCGCUCCAAGAGGUGCUGCAGGGCUCCUGCCCUGGGCUGAGUUCCCACCUGCUUCCUCCACAGACACAGCGUACAUUCGACCCCCUUCCUGUUCCUGCCCGCCCACCGCUGGCAGCUCCAGCCCUGACUGCCGACCUCGGGGCUGGGAGCUGGUUCCCAGCAGGGCCGGCCUUUGCCGGGAGACGGGAUGAUGAGUCAGCCUCGAGCCGGGCACCGGAGCCCUCUGGGGAUGGAGGGGGAGCUGGCCUGGCCCGGUGCCAGCCUGCAGGGCGGCCGGGCCGGUGGUCACAACCCCCGCCCCACCCCUCCUUUCGGAUGCGCGGUCCCCAGACCCCUGGGCGGCGGGAGGAGGCGCAGCAGCGCGCGGUGGAGCGGGGAUGCGCGGCCGGGCGCGGCGGGCGGGGGCCCGCCCAAGAGCGGGCGGCGGGGGCGGCAGAUCCUCCGCAGACAGCCCCGGCCCCAGCGCGUCCGCCUGCGUCCCGCAGCCGCCCGCCACACGCACCGAGCAUGAGGGAGAUCGUGCACAUCCAGGCCGGCCAGUGCGGCAACCAGAUCGGGGCCAAGUUCUGGGAGGUCAUCAGCGACGAGCACGGGAUAGACCCCAGUGGCAAUUAUGUAGGGGACUCGGACCUGCAGCUGGAGCGCAUCAGCGUCUACUACAACGAGGCCUCUUCUCACAAGUAUGUGCCUCGGGCCAUCCUGGUGGACCUGGAGCCUGGAACCAUGGACAGCGUCCGGUCUGGGGCCUUCGGGCACCUCUUCAGGCCUGACAACUUCAUCUUCGGUCAGAGUGGGGCCGGCAACAACUGGGCCAAGGGCCACUACACGGAGGGCGCCGAGCUGGUGGACUCGGUCCUGGACGUGGUGCGGAAGGAGUGUGAGAAUUGCGACUGUCUGCAGGGCUUCCAGCUGACCCACUCGCUGGGGGGCGGCACCGGGUCCGGGAUGGGCACCCUGCUCAUCAGCAAGGUCCGCGAGGAGUACCCCGACCGCAUCAUGAACACCUUCAGCGUGGUGCCCUCGCCCAAGGUGUCGGACACGGUGGUGGAGCCCUACAACGCCACGCUGUCCAUCCACCAGCUGGUGGAGAACACGGACGAGACCUACUGCAUCGACAACGAGGCGCUGUACGACAUCUGCUUCCGCACCCUCAAGCUGGCCACGCCCACCUACGGGGACCUCAACCACCUGGUGUCGGCCACCAUGAGCGGGGUCACCACCUCCCUGCGCUUCCCAGGCCAGCUCAACGCCGACCUGCGCAAGCUGGCCGUGAACAUGGUGCCCUUCCCGCGCCUGCAUUUCUUCAUGCCCGGCUUCGCGCCGCUCACCGCCCGCGGCAGCCAGCAGUACCGCGCGCUGACGGUGCCCGAGCUCACGCAGCAGAUGUUUGACGCCAAGAACAUGAUGGCGGCCUGCGACCCCCGCCACGGGCGCUACCUGACCGUGGCCACCGUCUUCCGGGGCCGCAUGUCCAUGAAGGAGGUGGACGAGCAGAUGCUGGCCAUCCAGAGUAAGAACAGCAGCUACUUUGUCGAGUGGAUCCCCAACAACGUGAAGGUGGCCGUGUGCGACAUCCCGCCCCGCGGGCUCAAGAUGUCCUCCACCUUCAUCGGCAACAGCACGGCCAUCCAGGAGCUGUUCAAGCGCAUCUCGGAGCAGUUCACGGCCAUGUUCCGCCGCAAGGCCUUCCUGCACUGGUACACGGGCGAGGGCAUGGAUGAGAUGGAGUUCACCGAGGCCGAGAGCAACAUGAACGACCUGGUGUCCGAGUACCAGCAGUACCAGGACGCCACGGCCGAGGAGGAGGGGGAGAUGUAUGAAGAUGAUGACGAGGAGUCCGAGGCUCAGGGCCCCAAGUGAAGAGGCUGAGGGGUGGGGCGCGGCUGCGGCCAGGACCGAGAGCUCUGUCCCCCGAGCCAUGUAGCCACUGACACACCCCUGCCCUUUCCCCCACCAGGCCCGGUCAUGUCACCCUAGGGCUCCCAAGUGUGUGUCCUUUAGUACUUACAGCAUCCCUGCCCUGUGUCUUCUCAGCUGUGUUCCGCCAUAGGUCAAAUCCAUUUUGCGUGGCCCGUUUGUCUCUCUGCUUUAUUAUCAGCUCCAGGCCUGAUGUUUUAUGGUUUGUUUUGUUUUUUUUACUGGUUUGUGUUUAUAUCUUGGGGGGGAUACUUAAUAAAUUUAUUGCUGUCAGAUACCC